AUGGAUCCGAUUACAAAUAAUGAACAGGAUGCGUAUCUCCAGGCUUUGAUAGAAUGUACUCCAGUGACAAGAAAACGUCCACGAGUAAAUCCAGAGGGUGCGAAACCUAAAUCGCAUACUUUCAAAUACAAUGUAUCGUUUAGUUCUGGUAAGUUUGCAGUAUACAAGGCGGCAUUUAUCAGUAUACAUGGCAUAACCACUGAUCGUGUCCGGCGUUUGUCCAAUCUACUUUCUUUGGGAAAAUCUCCUAAAGACAAACGAAGAAAACAAACUUCUGGAAAUACUAUACCAGGAGAAUUCAUAAGAUUGAUAGAGGAUCACAUUAGAUAUUUUCCUGUCAAGCGUGCUCAUUACACUAACAGGGAUUACCAAUAUUUGAGUGAAAAACUGGACAUCAAGAAAAUGCAUCAACUUCUGCUUGAGUUAUACCCAGAAUGUUCUGUAAAGUACAGUUUUCAUAGACGAAUUUUUCGAGAAAUAUUCAGUUUAUCUUUUGGAAGGUCCCGAGUGGAUACGUGCGAAGAACUUUCCAACAAGAAUAAAUCGAAGUAUUUAAACGAUGCUGCAAAGGAGAGCGAAGAAGUUUUUCACGAAAAUGGAGUCAAUUCAAGAAUUAUGCCGAAACGAUCCAUCGGUUGGAGGGAUAUGUAUUGA